CUUUGGGACAUGUCUGACUUGACCAAAAAUCUUAAUAGUCUUGGCUUUGAGAGCAGGUUGUGUGAAGGCGAGAGAGAAUUAAUUCAUCUCCGGCGCUCUUUUGCGUUCACAUUCUGCGGAUGCGCACACGCUGUUUUUCUUCUGCAACUUCUGCACUCAGCUCAAAAUCACUGUGCAAACACAAGCAGCUUGUUAUCAGGGGAGCUGCGUGUGGGGAUAGUAGAUGGUCACCUGGGAAAACAGUUGCUCCUUUCUAUUCUGGACAAGACAAAAAUCACAGAAUCUAACAUUAAGGUGUCUAUUAGAAGACCAGAGUUUACAGGUAAUAAUCAUGUUGCACCGGGGGUCAAAUGUUUCUUUGACAAUGGCCGCAUGGCGCUGUGGGCACAUGUCUUGUUCUUGUGCUGCCUGCCCUCUCAGCUGCCCAGAGUGUGUGCAGACCUGAGCCCCCACCAGUGCACUCACACACUUGCGUACUGUUUCUCCUCUGCUGUUCCUAUCUCCACAUUAGUUCAGCUUCUGGGACAUAACUUUGUUCUGAAGUCACAGCAUAAUAUAGCUGCCUGUGACAUUCCAGCUGUGUGGAUGACUUACACUCAUCUGAAGAGCGCUUUAAAAGACCCAUUACUCAUAAAAUGGUCCUGUCCACUGAACAGAAGUCAGAGCCCAUCUCUUGGUUUGAAGUGGGUGUGUGCCGUGCUGUAUUGCCUGGUGAAUAUUUGCACAUGUGUUCAUUUGGAGUAUGAAAAAACUCUAUAUGUGAUAAACCACCUUUUUCAAGACAAACUGUCCUUGGGUGCAAAUAAUGUCUCUCCUGCUUCUGGCCUAUCUGCAGAUGAGGCUUUUCCAUGGAUCGCUCUCAAUGAUGCUCUGACAAAUAAUACUCCAUUUUACUGCUUUUUUGUGAACAGUAAAUCCACACAGGAAUAUAUUUGUACACUGUAUACUGCACUCCUGGAGCCAUCAUCUCAUUAA